AGUCUACUAAUAUUUAAGUACUGGCAAAAUCCUUCUCAUUGUCAUUCUGUUUUCUCGUUGUCGUUCUUGUCUUCAAAUUCUCUCGGUAUUUUUGUAUCCCUACCGAAAAUGACGGCACAACCAUCCACAUCAAUUUCAGAAUUUCAAAAAGUGUUUCAAUCUUCGAAAUUCAUCGUGGUCCUCACCGGAGCUGGAAUCUCGGCAGAAAGUGGGAUUCCUACAUUCCGCGGUGAGGGGGCUUAUUGGCGUGGCUUCUCUAUUGAGGACAUCGCCAUGAUGAGCAAGUUCACCUCGGAUCCAUCCCUCGUUUGGGAACUGUACCAUUUUCGGAGAGAAGUCGUAUUUCCAAAAAUUCCUAAUGUGGCGCACACGACCCUCACCGAGGUACAGGAACGGCUCCAAUCUGAAGGCAAAACGUUGAAAAUAAUUACACAAAACAUUGACGAACUCCACACCAGAGCCGGAUCCAAAGACGUCAUCGAACUCCACGGCACUUUGUUUAAGACGCGAUGCAUAAAUCCCAAUUGCGCUCAUGUCGCGGAUAAUUAUGACUCUCCGAUCUGUCCAGCAUUAGAUGGCAAGGGAUGUCCCGACAAGGACACUCCAGACGCCGCCAUUCCUCCCGAGAACUUGCCUCGUUGCGUCAAAUGCAGCGGACUCGUGCGUCCUCAUAUCAUUUGGUUUGAUGAAGACCCGACCGAUGAGGAUAUGAAGACGACCUAUGAAUGGCUGGAUAAAUGUGACCUCAUGAUGAUCAUUGGAACAUCCUCAAUUGUUCCACCAGCAAACGAGUUUGGCCCUUACGUCGCCAAACGUGGCGUUCCCGUUGCCGAGUUCAAUUUAGAACACACUCCGGCCACGCUGGGAUAUCAGUUUCAUAUUUCUGGGCCGUGCGGGACAACUUUACCGAAUGCCUUGAAGAAAUAAUAGUGUACAUGAAUUUCAUUAAGGUAUAUUGAGGGUAUUCAUUAUUUCUUCGUAUCCAUCGUAUCGUAAAAUAGUUUACGAAGAAAAAACAAG